ACAACAACAACAUUCCGUAAAGACCCUUCUCAAAGAGAACAUCGUGUUGUUCGUGAUCCCUUACAAACGUACCCCAAUCAAAUCUAACCAUGUCUGGCCGUGGAAAGGGAGGAAAGGUAAAGGGAAAGGCAAAGUCCCGUUCCAACCGUGCCGGUCUUCAGUUCCCCGUUGGCCGUAUUCAUCGUCUCCUGCGCAAGGGUAACUAUGCCGAGCGCGUCGGUGCCGGAGCACCCGUGUAUCUGGCAGCCGUCAUGGAAUACUUGGCUGCUGAAGUGCUUGAGUUGGCCGGAAACGCUGCCCGUGACAACAAGAAGACGCGCAUCAUCCCGCGUCAUCUGCAGCUGGCCAUCCGCAACGACGAGGAGUUGAACAAGCUGCUGUCCGGAGUAACCAUCGCUCAGGGUGGUGUGCUGCCCAACAUUCAGGCCGUGCUGCUGCCCAAGAAGACCGAAAAGAAGGCUUAAACGGUGUGACAAAGCUUCCUUCAUCUCAAACCCAAAACCGUCCUUUUCAGGGCGACAAAUUACUUUGCCAAAGACAUUUUAUUCGAUUUAUGCUGUUAUGGGAGAACCAGAAGGAAUACAAAUUCCUUACAUUGAACAGUGCUUGAAACUGUGUACAAAAUGUAGAUGAAAAAAAGUGCCUUCUUUUGGCACAAAAAACAUCAUUUGCUGUUGUCGAUUCUGUAACCUCUCAUUACUACUUCUACAAAAUGCAGCAUAUCAUAAGCGAUGCAUAAGAUUUUCCAGGUAGCUUGUUCAAGAGGGUUGGUUUUACCACAGAAAUGCAAGCAGUGAUACCUGCGUGUUGACCUUUUUCUGAAAACAGUAAAGGACACUUUUACCUGAUUUAUCGUUAACCACGGGAAAAUGUUGAAAGGGUCGAUUGUCGAAAAAUGUUGUGCGUUUAGGUAGCCUUAGGUUCUCACAAAAGUUUGGCUUUCAAUAUAUCGGGAAACGUUGACAAUGGCUUUAAAAAAGUUGGACCAAAAAUUAGGAAGGUUCAAAUAAACAACCAUACUUAUUAAUGUU